CCUGUAUAUGUGAUCACAGAACUUGACACACACUGCAGGGUUGGCUUCGGUACGGGAGCAACAAGCAGGAAGAAGAUAUGGAGCUAGGAAACCUACAAGAAGAUUAUCUGUACGCCGAGGAAGCUUGUGAACAGGCAGCGGACCUCAUCAACCGUAUGGAGCAGGUCCGGUUAUGACAACAAGAAUCACAAAAGUGCAAAGAACCAUUGACGUCAUUUGAUCUUCUGAAAGGUUAUCGCGGAGAAAGAAUCGAAUUUGAUGAGCUGGAUAUGAGAAAAAAGGUUGGCCAUGGAGGAUUCGGAUAUAUCUAUUGCGCUAAAUGGAAAGGUACUGUAGUGGGUGUAAAGAAACUGCAGGUCCAGAGAGUAUCGAAGAAACGAUUACAAGAGUUUACUUCGGAAGUGCAAGUCUUUUGUUCACUCAACCAUCCUAAUAUCGUCAAGUUCAUUGGCGCCAGUUGUGUGACCCCGAACAUCGCUAUCGUCAUGGAGUUCAUGGAAUACUGUCUGUUUCAAAUAUUUCACAUGCCUGUUUUUGAAGAUUCCUCUCUUACGGAAGAUGACAAGCUCAGCAUCAUUGUUCAGAUAUCACGUGGACUAGCAUACUUGCACAAUAAAAGUAUCGCCCAUUGUGACACCAAAUCCCGCAACGUCCUGGUGGAUUCAAGAGAAGGUGGUUACUUAGCAAAGAUUACUGACUUCGGACUUAGUAUGAUGAAAUGUGAUUUUGAUACGUCUGAUCAGGUGCGGAACAUCGGAACCCCUCGUUAUUCUGCCCCUGAAGUACUGCGCGGGGAACUGUUCGACCGCAAGGCUAUGAUGAGAGCCGAUGUUUACUCUCUUUGUCUUGUGGUAUUCGAGAUCAUCUCGGAAGAUGAACCAUUUGAUUUCCUAAAUACUAAACAAAUGGAACGAUGUGUUGGACACGGGGAUAAAACUAUAUAAUUAUUUGUUAAUUCACUAUCAAUUAAGAUAAUAAGUCAACGCCUAAGUACACAUGCAUAUACAAUAUAUGCUGUUAAAUGACGUGAAAGUAAGCAUGAUAACUUUAUUGGCCAAACUGCUUAAAUACAGUAAAUAUUGAUGUUCGUGAACCGAAGAAUUCGCUUGCCAGUUUUAGUGGGGGCGUACGCCUUUCUGGCGGCGUACCGAGGAGGGGGGUACGCACAAACGCCCCCGUCUUAAUCUGCGCCUGAUAAUGCAAUUAAGUUCAUGUGAACGAUAUCGAAAGUAAAAGUACACAUGUAAAUGUAUUACGGUAUAGGAUUCUCAUGAACUGUGACACACCGGGUGGUUGGGAAAAAAAAUAUGCAGGCACAGUGAAAUAGAUUCGUUCCCACUAUAAAGCAUAUUUCGAUUACACACGUAUCAUUAUACUUGGAAUAAUU